AUGGAGAUUCCUGUGAUCAAUCGAAUAGGCGAUUUCGAAGCUGGCAUAACCUCUCUGCAAAACCCAUCUUUUCUUUCUCAGAUUUUUGCUUUAUCUGGGGUCGAAAAGAUUCACCUGGCUUCCAGUUUUUGGAAAUGGGGAGCUCUGGUUCUUGCUCUGCUCGCCUCUUUUUCCACCAUAAUCAAUAGAAUUAAGAUUCUCAUCCUUCGAAUCCAAAACCAUUUUUUAAUCUCUUCCCAACCUUCUCUCAUCACCGACGAAGAUUACGACUACGGCAGCGAAACAGACACGUCUUGUUCGUCGCUAUCGGAAGAAGACGACAACGACGACGGAGAGGAAGAAGAAGAAGAUGAACAUACAUCAUCGUCUUCGCAGAGAUGGAGGUCCAUUGAUGAAGAUUUUAGAGUCAGAGGUUCCGAUUAUUACGCCGAUGAUCAGUUGCAUAAUCAUAAUUUAAGGAGACGUAGAAACAGUAGCCUUGAAGACCUCUUUUCAUCAUGGUCUGAGUUCACAAAUGGCAGUAACGUAGUGAAGCUCUGGGACAACUUAGGCUUAGGAUUUGGAUUAAACCUUGACCACGAAUCAAGAAAUUGCAUUUCAGUUUACGAUAUGAAUAAGUCGCUCAAUGUAUUCUCCAUUUUUGGUGAGAAAAGCGACAUUCCGGCCGUUUCCAUGUCGUCUUCCUCGCCUGCGGUGAUAGUCUCCGCCGAUACAAAUGUGUCCGGACACAUUUUGAGGGUGUGGGACACGCGGGUUGGGAGUCGGAUCCCAGAAAUAAUGGCGGAGUGGCGUCCAAGGUUGGGAAAAUUUGUCGGAAUAAGUGCCGGCGGCAGGAAGAAGUUUUACGUCAGAGAUGACGUCACCGGGAGACUAAAGGUGGGUGACAUGAGAAAAGUGAGCUCACCGUUAAUAAAUGCGGCAGAACCCGACGUGGAUACGUGGUGGGAUGCUGACGCCGUCAUUGUCGCUGAAGAAGAGUCUGUUGACGAGCUGCGCGGUGGUGACUCGGUGUUACGACGCGGUUGA